UAUUGUCUCAAACCUUCCUCCAACGAAAUUUUCGCCUCUUUCUUCCACAAGUUCUGGUUUCUCCCUUCAGAAUCAGGGUUUCUGAGCAUCAAAAAUUUCUCCAAGUCUGUCAUUCUCUCUCAUUUCUCUCGGAAACCUUGGGAAAGCGAAAGAAAAACGAUAUUCCAUCGCUCUCUCUCGUGAGAGAGAUAUUGAGAGAGGAAUUUAGCAGAUCGGUCAGUUUUGUCCUCUGGAUUUUUUUAAGCAAUUGGUGCUUGAUUUUCCUUCGCAUUAACCAAAACCAAUUGUUUCGAAUCUGAAAUUCUGAAUCGCAAUAGAAUACGAAAGAUAUCACGAUUUCUCCGGUCUUCGCCGUUUCAUUUUCAAGCAAUUUCUUUUUCGCCUCCAGUGAAAUUUGGACCGAGAAGAGGGGCAUGUCCAAUUGUUAAUGUCGGCCUUUGUUGUUUCGCGCGAAUUGUAGCAAUCAAUGGUGCUCCGUGGCUUCUAAGCGCGGAGUGGCCUGAAAUGGCUAAUACGGACAUAUACACAAAGAUGGACGAACUCGUAGAUUUUGACGAAUUCGUGGAAGAUCCGUCCGUGGUCGAAGAAAUUGAUUUCGAUUACGAAUUUGAUGCACCACGAUUCUAUGAUUUCACUCUGGAGGAGACGUUCUUCGAUAUCCUAGAAGCUAAUCGCUGGUUUAACACCUUGACCGGUUAUCCGCCUUCACCUUUUGCGGUAAUUUUGAUGGCAAAAAAAAGUACUCCGGUGGAAAGUGCCAAAUUCCCUCCUAAAUGCAAAUUUGGUGAUGCGAAUUCUAUUAGCGACAACAAAUAUGCUAUUGUUGAAUCUGAGGUCUCUGUGACAUAUGAUAGUAUUAGAGGAUCAAAUUUUGAUGAUUACAUGGUUGAAGAUCUUUCAAAGACUGAUGCCAAGUCCCCACAGAAGUCAUCUUUUUCAAGGAGUUCAUUUAUGAAGCCCACAGCUAGUCAGUUAGCGAAACAAAAUCAAAGCCAAGAAGUUCGGUGCAGCCGGUUGUAUAGAAGGUGUCCGACUAAUUUGGGCAAGAUUCAAGGAAAGUCUUCAUUGAAUGCUUGUCUGAUUGAAACACAAGCUACCAAAAGACAAAAGCUUGAGGCUGGUUACUUACGCAAGGCUGCUAGUUGGAAGCAUCAAGCUCUCUUUCUACAUAAGGUACCUCAAAGUGUUCGAAACCUUGAUGUCAGCUCAGCUCAUGCUAGACCUAAGCUAACGAUUCCUAGACAACCGGACCUGGAAACAAUGGCUAGGGCACGGAGACAUAGGUCUAAGAUCAAUUCAGAGUUGGGUGAAUGUGAACAAUCAAAUCCUUGUACCUUUAAAGCACGACCCUUGAACAGAAAAAUUUUUAAGGCUCCUUCAUUGUCCUUUCCAAGAAAGAGCACACCACAGCUACCAGAGUUUCGAGUCUUUCACUUGAGAACAAUGGAGAGGGCUAUGCAACACGCAUCUAGUAAUGCUUCCAAGAUGUGUAUUCCUAGUUCUACCCCACAGAAUCAAACUGCAGACCGCAGAAGAGUAAAGUAUGUAGAUAUAUUGAAGGAGAAGAAACCGGAGAAACAAAAUAACUAUAAGGCCUGCUCUCAUGAUAGGAAGAAAUUUUCAAAUAAAGAACGAAUUGGUGUCAUCAGGAAUAUCGGGCAGGAGACCAGAAUAUCAAUUGACUACACGUUUCCCACCGAUAAGAAGUUCCAGGAACAGCUGCCAAUAGAAUUAUUCAGCAAGCUCUCCCUAUCAUCCGGACCUAACUCACAUGUAACAUCUGAGCCUAAUAUUCCCUGGCAUCCUAAGGGGGCAAAGGAGAAUGUACCAGGGUCUCUUUAUCUAGAGCAUGAGAUGAUGAACAUAGUGAAAGAAAAAUCAUCCACAUUUGAUCGAAAUCAGUCUCUAUGUGGUGGUGAACGGAAGAUUCAUGAAAUUGUUCCCCGGAUGAACAUUAACAGGAGCUUGGACAUUCGAUGAAUUUCAAUGUGCAGUUUUUCUAGAAUGAGCCCAAGACAUUACACAACAGUGUGGAACUCCUGCACUUCUGCACAUUUGUUUUGUGGAUUCUGGUCGAAGCCAAUGGGUUCUACACUACGAGCAUUUUCGUAUCAAAUCAUUCUCAUCAGAGGCAAAGGUAGUCCCUCAAGUAUAAUUUUGGGGACUGGCAGUGUACAACAUUCAUGUCUUUGAUUACCGUUUGAGUCCCUCAGCAUGCAGCCCCAUAGCAUCUAUAGUUGGUGCGCAGUAGAACAAAUGUAAUCGUGGCAAAUAGCAGUGUCAAGUUUCUGCUUGGAUUUUUUUUGCUGCAUUAGAUUGGGCUCAUGUGCUCUAUGGACCUUCCAAAAUUUUGUUUUUAUUUAUCAUUGUAAAAGAAAUGGCCAA